UCUCAAGAAAUAUUUGGGCAGCGACUCCGAAACGACUCUUCUUGGGGAAAAUCAGCGUGGACUCGUGAUUCCGCGGAUUCGGUGUCUUUCUCUGUAUCCGCGGAAACAAAUCCGCAGAUUUUGGCGUGUUCAAAGUUCCGCCAUUUCUCCUCUCUUCCUUGUUGCUGUAGUGUUCAUUUCAUUGAUUCUUGAUGGGAACUCCGGAAUUCCCCGAUCUGGGAAAGCAUUGCUCCGUCGUCGAAUGCCAGCAGAUCGACUUCUUGCCAUUCACCUGCGAUAGCUGCUAUAAGGUGUUUUGUUUGGAGCACCGAAGCUACAUUAAACACAACUGUCCAAAAGGCGACAGACAAAAUGUCACUGUUGUCAUCUGCCCCCUCUGUGCCAAAGGAGUUCAUCUAAUUCCAGAUGAAGAUGCCAAUAUUACUUGGGAGAGGCAUGUUAACACUGAUUGCGACCCUUCAAAUUAUGAGAAAGCCACGAAGAAGAAAAAAUGUCCUGUUCCUGGGUGCAGGGAGGUCUUAACAUUUUCGAACACAAUCAAGUGCAGGGACUGCAUGGCAGACCACUGUUUGAAGCACCGAUUUGGACCUGAUCAUAAGUGUCCUGGACCUAAGAAAGUGGAGGCAGGUUUUCCUUUUAUGGGUCUAUUAAAUAGAAGUAGAACAGAAACACCAAAGCGCAACCAUGCUCCUGCCACAUCUUCCCCCAAUUGGGGUAGUAGCUUUCUUAGUGCAGCUUCAUCUUUCAAAGCCUCAGCUUCAGCCGGUGUUGCAAAAUUGACUAAUGAACUUGGCCAAAAGUGGCAGACAACAAAAGAUGGAGUGGGGCAGAGCAGCAGCGAGGGUAGUAGAAGCGGGCAAGUGGAGGAGUGUCCGCAAUGUGGUGCUAAGUUCUCCUCGGUCACCACUCUUAUAGAUCAUGUACAAAAAGUUCAUGAAAAAGGUGGCGUCCGAGCAGGGGUGAAGAAGUUGACAGUCGAUGCCUGCCCAAAGUGUAGUAAAGGAUUUCGUGAUCCAGUGGCUCUUGUGGAGCAUGUUGAGAAGGAGCAUGGUGGUACUUCACGAGCAUAGGUAUAAAUUUUUGCUUUUUACAAAAUGUACUUGAAUUCGAUUGAAUACCGUUCAGGUGGUUUAUACUGACAAAUACAUAUACCUGUUUUAGCAUUAAGUCAAAUUGUUUGCUCUUUUAGUUGUAAGGUUGUACACACAAAUUGUUUUUGUGAAUACUGGGUAUUGUCUCAUUGUUGAUAGCCAAAUGAGCUGUCAGUAAUGCAUUUCUUUGCAGACAUAUUUCUGAUUCUGCUCUCCCUAAUCUGUCCUGGAGAGACCCCUCCUUGUUGUAUGCUACUUUUGUUGGAUAAUGUAGCUGGGGUAACUGGGCCCUGAAAUAUUUACAUCAGUAUGAAAUAUAUUCAUACUAUAAAUACCCCAGGAUGAACACAAACUGGGAAAUUGAGGCUGAUGG